AUGGCACUAGGAGCGAAUGGGGUUCCACAGUCGGACAGAGCGGGGAGAAUUCCCGAGUGGGCUGUGCUGGGCGCACGCCGAUGGGAAAGAGCGCCGGAGCGGCGGCCGCAGCCUCGCCUGCGCCGGGCCCGCGGAGGCGCUGGCUCUCGAGACUGUCUUGAAGGGACUCGAGCGUGGAGGGUCAGCUACACCAGAGUGGCAUCUGUGGAAAUGGAGAGCAGCGUGGCCGCACAUUCCGAGGAGCAUCCUGGGGCCUCCAAGCCUCCGAUAAGCUCCUCCAGUAUGACAUCACGCAUCUUGCUACGCCAGCAACUCAUGCGUGAGCAGAUGCAGGAGCAGGAGCGCAGGGAGCAGCAGCAGAAGCUGCAGGCGGCCCAGUUCAUGCAACAGCGAGUGCCUGUGAGUCAGACCCCAGCCAUAAACGUCAGCGUGCCCACCUCCCUUCCCUCCGCCACCCAGGUGCCGAUGGAAGUCCUUAAGCUAAAACAAGAGCUGUGCGAACUCACAAAUAACAGCACUGUCUUCUCUUCCCUCCGUGGCUAUGUUCAGGUGCAGACCCACCUCGAAAACCCCACCAAGUACCACAUACAGCAAGCCCAGAGGCAGCAGGUAAAGCAGUACCUUUCUACCACUUUAGCAAAUAAACAUGCCAACCAAGUCCUGAGCUUGCCAUGUCCACACCAGCCUGGCGACCAUGUCAUGCCACCGGUGCCGGGGAGCAGCGCACCCAACAGCCCCAUGGCCAUGCUCACACUUAACUCCAACUGUGAAAAAGAGGGAUUUUAUAAGUUUGAAGAGCAAAACAGGGCGGAGAGUGAAUGCCCAACAAUGACCACGCAGUCCCGAGCGUCCUGCAUGCAGAUGGAUGAUGUUAUCGAUGACAUCAUUAGCCUAGAAUCAAGUUAUAACGAAGAAAUCCUGAGCUUGAUGGAUCCUGCCUUGCAAAUGGCAAAUACGCUACCUGUCUCGGGAAACCUGAUUGACCUUUAUGGAAAUCAAGGACUGCCUCCCCCUGGCCUCACCGUCAGCAACUCCUGCCCAGCCAACCUCCCCAACAUCAAAAGGGAGCUCACAGAGUCUGAGGUGAGGGCGCUGGCCAAAGAGAGGCAGAAGAAGGACAACCACAACCUGAUCGAACGAAGAAGAAGAUUUAACAUAAAUGACCGCAUUAAAGAGCUGGGCACUCUGAUUCCCAAGUCCAAUGACCCGGACAUGCGCUGGAACAAGGGCACCAUUUUGAAGGCGUCUGUGGACUACAUCCGAAAGCUGCAGCGGGAGCAGCAGCGCGCCAAGGAGCUGGAGACGCGGCAGAAGAAGCUGGAGCACGCGAACCGGCACCUGCUGCUCAGGAUCCAGGAACUUGAAAUGCAGGCUCGAGCUCAUGGACUCUCCCUUAUUCCAUCCACGGGCCUCUGCUCUGCAGAUUUGGUGACUCGGAUCAUCAAGCAAGAACCGUCCCUGGAGAACUGCAGCCAGGACAUCCUCCAGCAUCACCCAGACCUAACUUGUACAACCACCCUCGAUCUCACAGAUGGCACCAUCAGCUUCAACAGCAGCCUCGGGCCCGGGGCCGAGAGCAGCCACGCCUACAGCGCCCCCUCGAAAAUGGGCUCUAAGCUGGAAGACAUCCUGAUGGACGAUACCCUCUCUCCUUCCGGCGUGACUGACCCGCUCCUCUCGUCAGUGUCCCCGGGAGCUUCCAAAGCCAGCAGCCGGAGGAGCAGCAUGAGCAUGGAGGAGCCCGAGCACGCCUGCUAGCUGGCCUUCCUGCUCUGCGCCUUUCUUGAUCAGUAGAUUUAAUAAUUGACCUGAAGGGGUUUUCUUGAUAAUUUUCCUUGAAUAUGAAUUUUUUCCAUGCUUUAUCAAUAGCCCAGGAUAUAUUUUAUUUUUAGAAUUUUGUGAACGGACUUGUAUAUUCUAUUUUGCAACUACAAAUGCCUCCAGAGUAUUGUACAAUAGCGCCCAGGAUCUGUGAACCGAACGCACCCAACGUCAGCUUCCUGAGCAAGAGGACUUUGCAUCAGAGAAAUUUCUGUCCAUUCUUUUCAGGGGAAACAGGUUGGAAAUUUUUAUGCAUGUGACUUCCUUGGAAAUUAAAUGUAAAGGUUAAUUGAAAGAAUGUAAAGCAGCCAAAAAAUAAAUAACAAGACAGACAGACAGAAAGAGGAAGGAAAAGAAAAAACUCACACUAACCUUUUCAUUUUGUAAAUGUGUUCAUCGGUACUGCCUUAAAGAUCCAGUACCCUCCAGCAUCAGUCUUUAUACUGCAAACUAUUUAAAGAAAUACUAUAUUCCACAAAAGAGAAAAAUGCAACCAUUUUCAUGAGGAUUGUCUGGUGAGAGAAAUAGCUGAUAUGUUACCACUGCAACCACAGGGAGACAGACCAGGGCCCUGAAGCACGAGGUCUGGUCUCACUCUCUGCUUCACAAUUUUCCUCAUCAAUGAGUGUGAUUUAAUUUUUCUUAAGAUAUAUUUUAUUUUGAAAUGAAAAUUAAUGUCCUCUCAGUAAAAUAUUGAGGAGCACUGAAUGUUUUACUUUUUUUCUUUGAUUUUGCUUUUGAUACGAAAAACAAACUGGGCACAUUUCUAAUUGGCUUUACUGUUUUUAUUUUUAAAUUAUGUUUUACUAUUCAUUUGAGUUGUACAGAUUCUUUAUUAUCAUCGCUCUUUUCAGUAUGUUUGUAUUAAUUUGUAAGAAUAUGCAUCUUAAAAAGGCAAGUUUUCAGUAUUUUUACAACUCACUGGUGGUUUUCUGCAUUAUUUGUACACAUGAAAGAAAACUUACGUGAGGUCCCAUGUUUAAAGAGAGCUUUGCGAAUGUUUUGUAUAUUACAGUCUCACUCAGAGCUGUUCUUCCACACAUUUAAGGGGUAGGAUUAAUAGGUAAAACUGGCCUUCUAGGGAGAAUAAACUUACAUAUUUAUUUUUAGUGAUAUAAAAAUAGCAAUAUUCUUGGAGACUGGUAACCAAACCAUAGCGUUAAUACGCCCAUUAUGGUCAUUUAAACUGAGGUUUAUUUCAGCAAACUCGCUGAAUUUUUUUAAAGAGAAAUACUGUAUUGGCAAAUUCGUGGUACUUGCCGACAGCGUUUGCCAAGCAGCGGAGCUGUACAGUUAGUUCCAGCAUCACCUGCUCGCGUAGUCUAUGCAAUGCCCGCAGCGUCCCGCCCCUGCCCGCCGGGUGUUGCGCGGGACGCGUGGCGGGGGCCGGCUGCUCAGUGCGUUUCUCAGCAGCAGCCUGCAGUUGAACAGCAAGUGGCGUCAACACCCCUUCGGAAUGAAGUGCCUUAGUCGAGCAGCAGUCUUUCCUGGACCAGCACUGACUGAACUGCACUGUGGAGAAAGCUUCCCGGUGGUGUCUGAGGUCGAGAGGAACAUGCAGCAUGGUGCCUACGUAGACAAUAUAAGAGCUUCCACUUCUCCAGAUAUUUUUAAUAUGAAAUAUAUUUUAGUGACAGAGUGCCAACUUCUUUCAUCAGGAAACCUUAUUCAGGAGGGUUUUUUAAAAAAUGAAAAUGAGCUUAAAUGUCAAAUAUGAAUUGGUGGUGGGUGUUGGGGGUUCGGAGAGGAGUGAUUGUCCAGUGUGCGAAUGGAUGGCUUACGUGAAAAUAAUUCACUGCCUAGUGCCCGUGCGCUGCGCAGUGAGAAUCCUUGGAAAUUUGAUGAUGCUAUCCGCUUUAUAGCUUUAUUACUUAAGGGGGUAGGGAAAAUUACUUCCCAUUCUUUCAGCCCCUUAAUUGUACAGGUAGCCCUUCUAGAAUAGAGACGCCGACGUGCAUGAGCGGCCCGUUGUCCCAUAGUGCUCACUGGUACAAUCAUAGCCUCGUCCAGUUUUCUCUUCGUAUCUGGGGGGGAGGGGACCUGUGUGCAAAAGUUGAAGAUUAUGAUGCUAUGAUGCUAGUUUUCUUUAGCUGAUUUGGAGGUUCUUAAAAAUAGAGCAAGGUUGACUAACCCAAGCCCAGGGGAUCUGGCCAGGGCUGAGCGAGCGUGCAGAGCGCUUUGCUGAGAGAGCCUGGCAUCUCCGCCACGCCCUGGGCCGCGCAGCUCCUGCGCUCACCAGCGCCUGCUUCCCCAGCCGCUUCGUAGACAAUUUCUGGGAGUGGCAGGUGAGUAAGCCCAGGAGAAUGCUGCAACUGGGGGUGGCUUUAUUUAUUUCUUUUUUGCCAAAUAGAGUGUGGAUUUGUUUUAGGGACUAGUUAAGCCAAGAGGCGGUGGUUUGGGCUUGCCUUUUGUGAUGAGAAAAUGAUCCACACCACGCCCCGUCACUGGGUGCAGAAUUGUGACUUGGGGUUGGGCCUCCGUCUGGAGUGACUAAAAUGCCAGACUUGUCCACCUGCCUCUGGGUAAGGUAAUGGAAAUACCAAACCUUCUGACUUUGCCAAAAACCAUACAACCAACCUGGUCAUACACAGGAUGACAGUUCUUUCUGGUUGUUUUUAAAAACAUAAAGCAAUAAGAACAAAUAAAAUACAUAGGAAGUUAAAAGAUACAAAAUAAAGCACAAAGGAAUGCACUUAUUCAUAUUUUUUAAAAUGCACUGGGAAAAGUUGACGUUGAUAACAGUGUAUUUAAAAACCCUAUUUCUUGAAAAAAAAAAGACAAAAAGACAAAUAACUGUCUCUUCCGGACACUUGGUGACUGUCUCUUCGGGACACUUGGUGACUGUCUUGCGGACUCUGGUACUGUAAUGUAGUCAUCUGCUGUUGGACGCAGCAAUACCUUCUACCUUCUGUAUGGUCCAUAGUGCUGUAUGUGAUGGAUCAAUGUCAAUGUAUCUAAUGACAUCUUUGAACUGCUGUUCCGACAGCUUCAUUAAAGCAUUGGGUUUUUCACAUGUGCUGGCCGGUUGUGUUUAGUUAAUGCCGAUUUUGAAUAUUGUUGCCUUAUCAAAAAAUGGUAGUACACACUCUCUUCCGAUUUAACGAAUUACAAAUUACAUGAAAAACCUUGUAAAUGCCAGUGAGUACUUUUUUUGUUUUAAAUGCCAUUCUAAGGUAUUACUUUUUGGGUUAAACAUUGAUUACUUUACGACUUGCACUCAGAUGAACUAUAAUUGUGCAGCUUUUUUUUCCCCUCUGAAUCAAGGGAGAUUUCAAAUUCCCGAAUGCCAAGAAUUCAUUUUAGAUAUAGGAAUGUUAUUUUAAAUGUUUUAGUGAGAAAUGGUUUUCCAAAAGGGAAAUUAUCAGAGGAACCCUUGCAUAUUUACAAAAAAAAAGAUACUGGGUUUUUAAUACAAAUUUAUAAUAGUGAAAGCUUAGUAUACCCAGGUUGCCAGCUCCUGCCUUUUUUUAAAUACAGCACUUAAGAUCAUUUGACAACUUCUGGGUUUGACUUGGGAAGUGUCAGACAAAACAUGUCUUUAUUCCCUAGCUAGACCUUAAACUUCUGCCCUCUUAAAAAAUAUUCUGGUUGAAUCUCUGGAGUAAAUGAGCAAAAGACUUCCUA